AUGGAAUCUUUGGAUGAUGAUAUUGAUGAUCUUAAAAUUGGAAUGAGGGUUUCUAGUGAAAAUGAAGCAUAUAAGUUAUAUUGUAAGUAUGCCCUGCGAAAGGGUUUUGGUGUUCGAAAAGGAAACUUUCGGUAUACUAGUGGUGGAGUUAUUAAACAACGGGAGUUCUUAUGUGCAAAUGCAGGACAAUAUCGCGAUGGUGAUCCUUUUAAUCCGAAAAAAAUAAGAAGACUAGUGACCCGAACAGGUUGUAAAGCUCUAAUUAAAUUUGUAAUUGCAGAAGGAAUUUGGGAAAUUAGUUAUAUCAAUGAUGAACACAACCAUAACUUUGUUGAUCAAGAAGAAAGACAGUUUUUAAGAAUAAGCAGAAACAUAGAUUCAGCUAGUGCAAGUGUUCUAAAUUCUAUGGUUGGUGCUGGGAUAAAAGGGACAAAAGCUUACUCAUAUCUUUCGAAAGAAGUUGGUGGAUCUGAAAAUGUCGGGUUCACUUUAAGAGAUUGUCAAAAUUUUGUUAAUGAGAAAAAGAAAAGUUUGAUUCAAAGAGGAGAUGCACAAAGCGUAAUAAAACACUUUAAGCAAUGUCGAGCUGAAGACCAUAUAUUCUUUCACAGUGAGGAAUUAGAUGCAGAAGGUCGUUUGGCAAAUUUUUUUUGGAGAGAUGGAAGAUCGAGAUUAGACUAUGACUAUUUUGGGGAUGUUGUUGUUUUUGAUACCACGUAUCGAACAAACAGAUAUGAUAUGAUUUUUGCUCCAUUCGUAGGAGUUAAUCAUCAUAGGAAGAAUAUUUUAUUUGGUUGUGCAUUUCUUGUAGAUGAGACCACAGAUUCUUUUGUUUGGUUGUUCGAGGAAUUUUUAGAGGCGAUGGAUAACAAGGCACCCAAGACAAUAUUUACUGAUCAAUGUCAAGCAAUGGCAAAUGCCAUUAAAAAAGUUUUUCCAAACACUUGUCAUCGUCUUUGUUCAUGGCAUAUUUCAAAAAAUGCCACUCAAAAGCUUGGGACCUUGUAUGGAAAUUACGAGUUCAAAACUUUGUUUCAGAAGUGUCUACAUUCUGAAGCAAUAGAUGAUUUUGAAUCAACAUGGAGUCUAAUGAUAACGAAGUUUGGCAUUGCGGACAACAAAUGGCUUAAGUCACUUUAUGGACUUAGAGAGAAGUGGUGUCCGGCGUUUAGUCUUGACACUUUCACUCUCCGUGCUAAAUCAACUCAAAGAAGUGAGAGUAUGAACAAUGUUUUGCAAAAGAUGUCCUCUAAAGCUAUGACUUUAAUGGAAUUUGUGCAACAUUAUGAAGAACAAUGUGAGAAGAUGCGGUUAGCUGAAGCUAAUGAAGAUUAUCGUAGUAAGCAUGGCAUAAUACAAAUGAAAGCGAAGGAUUCCAAAAUGCUGAAACAAGCAACUUGUGUUUACACAAAUAAUAUUUAUUACUUAUUUGAAGAUGAGGUGCUUUCUAGUUUGGCAGUGAAAUUGGAGUUGUUAUCAAAUCUACAAUCUUCAUUUAUCGUGCUUUUGUGGGAGGUUUUCAAUUUAUGGAAUAUUCAUGAUAUACCAUCUCAAUAUAUUCUAGAAAGAUGGACAAAGUAUGUGAAAUCUAAACAGCCUCCAUUUGAAGUUGGUGGGUCGUCUAGAAAUAAGAAAUCAUCUUUGACUCUAGAAAGAAGCAUCUUACUUCAGCAAUCUUAUCGCGCUAUCAAUCACUUGGUUAUGACCGCUGAGGGAAAAAGUUUGGCCAAGAAACAUGUGCAAUUAAUGUGGGAGGAUGCACAAAAACUUAUGGAAACCUUCAAUCCAAAUAAAGAAAAUGACAAUACUUCUAGUGAUCUCACGAAGAUUGGUGGACAUUUAGAGGAAAUGAUUGUGCUGGAUCCUUCACAUGUGAAAGCAAAAGGAGUAACGAAUGCUCGAAUAAAAAGCUAUUUGGAGAAAAGGAAACGUAGGCAAAAAAAAGGGCAACCAUUACACAACACUUAUAAUGUGCCCAGUGCUCCAGUGCUUUCUCUCCCACCUGUUCAUGCUCCAACUCUUCAUUCAUUUGGGCAACAACUACAUACAAACAUUUUCAAUCCUGGUGUUAUUCAUACGUCACUCCAAUGCGAGCAACAAGUCAGACCGCAAUCCGCUAUGAAAGAACCAGAAAAUGAACACAUUGACCUUUCGAAUCAGCUUUUUCAAUCAUUACUGGACUCGAUACAACACACAGAACUUCAGAGGCAAGUGACCCUCCUCGGCGGCAAGCUUAAGACGCAGAACGACGUCGAUUCGGUCUCGGUGAAGCUGGACCGGCAGAUCAGAGACUUCGGCGUUUUGAUCAAGAGCGGGGUGCUACACGACGACGCCGUUCUGAGGUCGUCGAAGAGGGAGUCCGAUCGAGUCGAGGCUCGGAACUUGAUAACUCGGUUGCAGAUUGGGAGUCGUUCUGAGGUCGUCGUCGACGUUGAAGAAGGAGUCCGUACGAGUCGAGGCUCGGAAGUUGAUAACUCGAUUACAGAUUGGGAGCACCGAGUCGAAGAACUCGGCGUUGGACUCACUGCUGGGGUUGAUUCAGGAGGACGACAAGAAUGUGUUGAUUGCGAUGGCGCAGGGGAUCAUCCCGGUGGUCGUCGAGCUCGACGCCGGAGGUCAAAGAGAAUACGUCACGGCCGUCGCUAG